AAUAUCGUUCGUAUUGUCACGUGCCUCAUAAAAUUCUAAAUCUCCUCCUCGUGGUCGUAGUCGUCGGCUUCUUCUUCGUCGUCGUUUCAAACCAGCCAAAUUCUCAAACCAAUAUAAAUACCAAUAAAUUAGAAAUAAAAUAUUAUAAACUGAAUCAAGAGGAUUGCCGGAGCUCGCAUCAGUGGACUUAUCAACAACAAUGGAAUUAGCUGCAUUAAACUUAGUUAAUGCCACUUUAAAUUGGAUCACUUUUGCUUUGGAUGCCCCUUCUGCACGAGCUGUGGUGUUUGGAGUUCACAUAGGCGGGCAUUUAUUUGUGGAAGUUCUUCUUUUGGUGGUCAUUCUUUUUCUGCUUUCCCAGAAAAGUUACAAGCCUCCUAAGCGGCCAUUGACAAAGAAGGAAAUAGAUGAGCUCUGUGAUGAAUGGGUCCCAGAAUCCCUUAUUCCUCCUAUCACGCAAGAGAUGCUGAGUGAACCCCCAGUGUUGGAAAGUGCUGCAGGGCUCCAUACUAUAAUCGAUGGGAAAGAAGUUGUGAACUUUGCUUCUGCAAAUUAUCUUGGAUUUGUAGGGCAUGAUAAGUUACUUGAAUCAUGUACUUCUGCGUUGGAGAAAUAUGGUGUUGGUUCUUGUGGUCCUCGUGGAUUCUAUGGCACCAUUGAUGUCCACCUUGAUUGUGAGGCCAGAAUAGCAAAGUUUUUGGGAACACAUGAUUCUAUCCUCUAUUCUUAUGGGCUUUCCACCUUGUUCAGUGCAAUCCCAUGUUUUUGUAAAAAGGGUGACAUAAUUGUUGUGGAUGAGGGAGUCCAUUGGGGAAUACAAAAUGGCCUCUACCUUUCUAGAAGCACCAUUGUUUAUUUCAAGCACAAUGAUAUGGAAUCUCUAGAAAAAACUCUUGAGAAAAUUACAGCACAGAACAAGCGGGCUAAGAAAUUACGGCGCUACAUUGUGGUUGAAUCUGUGUAUCAGAAUUCGGGUCAAAUAGCUCCUUUGGACAAGAUCAUCAAGUUGAAAGAGAAGUAUCGCUUCCGUGUCUUAUUGGACGAGACCAACUCAUUUGGUGUUCUUGGCCGUACCGGAAGGGGUCUGACUGAAUACUGCGGGGUUCCGAUAGAGAAGAUAGACAUUGUUACUGCUGCCAUGGGACAUGCAUUGGCAACAGAAGGAGGAUUCUGCACUGGAAGUGCUCGAGUCAUUGAUCAUCAACGGUUGAGCAGUUCUGGCUACGUCUUCUCUGCAUCUUUACCCCCAUAUUUGGCUAGUGCUGCAAUUACUGCUAUUGACAUCCUAGAGCAAAAUCCUGAUCUGACAUCAAAGCUGAAGGAAAACAUUGCCAUUUUAUGGAAAGGACUCUCCGAUAUCCGGGGGCUUUCAAUAGCAAGCAAUCCAGAAUCACCGAUUGUUUUCCUUGUGCUUGAAAAAUCAACUAGUUCGGUGAAAAGUGACCUCCAGCUCCUUGAAGACAUUGCUGAUCGUGCCUUGAAACAAGAAUCCAUUUUUGUAGUGGUUUCAAAAAGAUCAACUCUCGAUAAAUGUCCCCUUCCUGUCGGGAUUAGACUGUUUGUUUCAGCCGCCCAUUCAGAGUCCGACCUGCUUAAGGCAUGUGAAUCACUCAAGCGAGUCGCAGCUGCGAUGCUUAGGUGAGUGAUACCCAUCAUAUAUAUAUUUGUGUAUGUAUGGAUUAGUAUCUACUGUCAGUAUAGUUUUUUUUAACUUUGUAAGCGGAGUUGAAAAUUCAACCUGUUCUUAUAUUAUAUUUGAAAAAAAACUUUACUAGCGGUGGAUAUGAUAAAUUAUCCAUUCAAGAUUUUGUUUUAAACUGCAUUAGAAGAUUUUUCUCGUGGAACUGUUCACUUUUCUUAAAUUUUCUCUAGCAAGAAAACAAAAUGUAACUACAAUUUAAACGUUUUACUUUAUUUUUAUAAUUUAAAUUAAUGUUUU